AUGGACGCCGGCGACGAGGGAUUCCCACCACCCGCCGACACAUCGCGCUCUUCCGAUCCUACGCUCUCCGCCGCCCCGUGCUCCGGUUCCAUCCCCGCCGCGGGAGAGGCACGCCAUUUGAGAGAUAUUCCGCCGGUUGAUUCGCGGCCCGUCGCAUGGUUUUUCUUUGCGGAUGUGAUCCAGGCGCAGCUCCCGGCGCUUCUUGCUGUCGCCACCUCCAUUGCGCUGGACGAUACCCGCCCGGACGGCUUCGUUAUCGCCGGCCACGAGGGUGAUGCGUUUGCCGUGCCCGUGCGCCGGGAUGCUGUUCUUGGGUCGAUUCCGGGCGGCGAGGCGAGAGGGAUCUCCUGGCGCGCCGUCGUCUGCACGACCACCACCACCUCCCGUGGCCAGGACGACGACGCCGCAGGACGCGCUCUCUCGUUGCCCGCUGGCCCCUACGUCGUUCUGACGAAGAGGGCGAGAGGUUCUUGGCCGGCUUUGCUCCGUACGGUGGCCGACGACGGGUCUCUUGUGCGACCCAGCGGCUACGCCGUCGACGCCUUGGGCGAGUACGUGGCGAGUUCUCUGCGCGGAUUCUUGGGGACCGUCGGCGGCGGCUACCGGGCGCUUGCUGUCCCCGACGGCCGCGAAGGAGAUGGUCGUACCUGGCGCAUCUUCCUCGAGUCAGGCCAGGCCGCGGGGGCAGAUUCUUGGCCUGCACACCGGCGGCACUCCUCCGCCGACCUCCUCGGCCAUCGUCGUCUCGAGCGGACGGCGGCGGAGGGCGGCACUUCCCGGCGCAGGCGCAGGUUCCAGGAGCAGAGACAGAACAGAGCAGUCCCGGUCCCGGGCGUUGUGUGGAGCCGCUCCUCUGCACCUUCCCGACAGCGUCAGCGUCAGCGCAGGACGAGAUGGGAUGAGCCGCCGUCACCAGCAGUAGCGACGCCGCCGCCGCCGCCCCGGUGCUCGAGCUGUGACGGCGGGGAGGAGCGAGAUGACAUUGACAUGGUCAUGACCUGCUGCGGAGCGGUGCUGUGCAGGGGCUGCGCCGAGGUGAACCCGUGCGGGUGCCCCGAGUGGCAGAACCGCCGCGGAUUCGCCGUGCGGAUUCCGACGGAUUACCACGACGUAGAUGUCGACGGGGAUUGCUUCGUCGAGGGCGCCGUAAUGCUGCAGAGGCCGAGGUGGCACCAGUUCAUGGCGAUGCGGAUCGGCAUGGACGUCUUCUAUGGCUUCUACAGCGUGGAGGACGUGUACCACAGCAGCAGCGGCGUCACUUACCAGAUACACAGGUACGAGAUGGUGGAAGGGAGGCGUUGCCGCCGUUUCCAUUGUCUUGUCUUCCGUAUCCCCUCAGGCGUUAUCCUCUGCAAUUUCAGUUUCCCCUCGUUUGUUGAUUACACUCCCGCUGUGGUCGUCGCAUUGACGAGUUACUUCAGCCGACACAGACUCGGAUUGAGGUCGAUUGUAAUUGUAUAUAGGAUUGGAAGAGUUAGUUUUAUUAGCUGAGAGAGACUCAUUAGUUCAUCCAUCGAUCGAGGUGCACUUGACGACUGUUACUACGUGCUUCUUGUUUGUCUACCUCUGCUGAAAUCGCUUUGUUCGAUACUCGCCUUACUACUACUGUCAUGUUUUUGUUGCAAUCGCUUUGUCAAUCUUUCAUUUCCGUUGAAUGGUUCAGGAGAUUCAGUUACAGUGAUCACUCAUCACAAUUCAGAACGCCAUGCGUAUUUCUGCCUAGUUUAGCAUGGAGUUAAUUAAGAGCAACCUGAAUUUGUCAUCAAUCCAUACUAACAUGAAUACUAUUUAGUCACUGUAACCAAUAUUUUUUUUGGUCAAGAAUACCUGUUUUUACCGGUUUUCAAGGUACGCAAAACCAUAGAAAAUACACCCAUUGUAUUGUAGUCCCUGACAAUUUAAGGUUUUUCAGCCAUUCUGCAGCUGAGAACAAACAUAAAACUAUA